AUGGCAGCUCGCACACCUCAAGCUACUUAUCCAGUUAAAGGGUGGCUUCACUUGUCCACAUUACAAACUGACUUGGGACAAUGUAUUACCUGCAGAAAGUUCACUUGGGAAGAAUUACUGUCGAGAGCCCAUCCCAGUGGAGUAACUGUAGCCACAAUGGUCAGUGGCUUCUUCAUCUCUGUCCUCCGUGAGAGCCUGAAAGCCUGUCUCACACGGGCAGGGCAACUGCUGUCAGACAUUGAGGCUGCAGUUGGCAAUCUAUCAGUAACUGAGCUCCGUGUUUUGGAAGCGGUUGUGACACAUGAUCUGACUGCCGCCUUGGCCCGACAUCCCAAUGUCCGGGGCUAUAACUAUGAUGAAGAUUUUGAAGAUGAUGGUCUCUAUGGCCAGUCUGUAAAGGAUGAUUAUUGUAUUUCUCCAUCAACAGCUGCUCAGUUUAUUUACUCACGACGUGACAAACCUGUAGAAUAUGAUUAUGAAGAACUGAAAGACUCUCCCAAUUCUUAUUUGAACCACCAGCUAAGUGAAAUUGACCAAGCUUGUCUUUAUUCAUGCCUUGAUCACAUGAGAGAGGUACUGGGAGAUGCUGUGUCAGAUGAAAUACUGGUUGAAGCAAUUUUGAAGAACAAGUUUGAUGUGCAGAAGGCCUUGUCCAUGGUUCUGGAACAAGAUAAUGUACAGAAGUUGAAGGACAAGAGUGAGAAAGCAGUAGCCACAGGGAAGAUAGCAAAAGGUAAGGAGUCUUAUUUCCUUCCUUUGAAGCUUCAGCUGAUAAUGUUCAAAGUUCUUAUCAUCAACCAGAGAAUCAUUUGGAUUGGAAUAGCAAAUGUGAUUUUUCUAGCUUAGGAGCAAAGAAUGGAUCAUAUCAUGCUUCAGUUGUUCCCAGUAACCAUUCACUUCAUAGGAAAAAAAAAACUUGACAGACCUAAAAUUGAAAAGAAACUAGAAUCAUGUAAGUUACCAAAAGAGCUUUCAUUCGCUGACCUACUUCAUGAUAUGC